CACUUCGCAGCCAUCUCCAGCAAUUUUUUCCGUAUUUACUUUGUUUGAUGAGUAAUACCGUCAGAAAAUGUGUUAACGUUUGAAGAAGUUCCGAGCGAUAGAUAUGGAGUCGAGUGAUACACUUGAUUGUGCCGUCAGAGUCAAGGAGGAGCCUAGCGAUAUGUCGUUCACUGAAAAUUAUUGGGACACGGUCGACGAGAAACCCGAUCUAAAAAAUUUCCAACUGUUACCAUUACUGGAAGACAAUUCGAUCAUUCGAAAAUGUGACGAAAAUCAUGAAAGUAAACUGAACAACGAAGUGAAGAUAGUUUUUGAAUGCGAAGAUGUAAAGCCCAAUAUAGAUUUGUCAAUAGUUAAACAAAUUGACGACUAUUCUCAAAAUCAUUUGCAAUAUAUGAAUUACAGUGAUAAUGAUAAAACUCAAGACACGAUUAAAAUAGAACCUGCGGUGGAAGUGGAAAGAGACACUUUUGGCAACGAUGCAGAAAAAUUGAAUUUGAAUUACAAUUGUGAACGCAGUGAAAAAAAUAACAUGAAAAGAAUCGCAAAAAAGGUUAAAAACAACCAUAACCUCAAAAUCCACAUCAAUUCAGUGAAUAAUGGUAUCGAUCAUGUAUGCGGUAUAUGUGGAAAAAAAUUCACACAAAAAGGAAAUCUCAAAAUUCACAUUGAUGCGAUUCAUAAUGGUAUGGCACCAACAUGCGAAAUAUGCGGAAAGAAAUUUCAAACGAAGAAUAAACUUAAGAUUCACAUCGAUUCAAGAUUAAUUCAGCGAUCAAUCCUAAACGAGACAUAA